AUGGCCGCUUCCAAUCGGGCACAUCACUUCCUCGAAGGCAAGACCAUCUUCGUGGCCGGGUCCGGCGUCGCAGGCGCAGCCUUCGUGGCGGGCUUGUACAAGCUCUGGAACACAGAAUGGAAGGCCCCGACGAUUGUCGUCUUCGACCGCGACCCUGCGGAGGAGGGGCUCCGUCGCGAGUCCGAAAAUUACAGCCUCUCGGUGUCUGGACACACAGAGGCAGGCGGUCUCGUGGCUCUCAAAAAGCUGGGCCUCAUCGACCAGGUCUUGAGCAGUUCCGUCUCCGGUGUUGACGGUUCUGGCUGCUUCAAGAUUUGGGGCCCAGACUGGAGCGAAAAGAUCAGGGCAGCACGGCCGCCGCUGCACGGACUUCCCACGGCGAGCGUGCGCAUAACCCGAAAGAACCUGAGGCGCGUGCUCGGCAACGCGACCGAGGGGUGGCAGCACAGCAGCGUCGAGUGGGAUUCGCAGUGUUUGAGCGUGGCGCGGCUGGACAGUGGACGACUGAGCGUCCGAAUCCGACAAAAAAGGGGAGAGACGACACACACCUUUACUCGAGAAUGCGACUUGCUGGUAGCCGCAGACGGAGCAAGCAGUAAACUUCGGGCUUGCCUUCGCCCGGCAGAUGGGCUCAACUACACGGGUGCGACGCUGAGAGGAGGGCUCUCGGAGUUGAAAGGAGGCAUUCCCGAGCCCAUCCGCAAGGACUGGGGCUUCGUGGUGAGCGGCAGCGGCGUCGUGGGCUUCGUUUCCCCUGUCGACGACCACACGGUUAUCUGGGCGGUGGGCACUCAAGAGCCUGGUCCUCUGCCUGAGCUCGACCGGACUUCAAAGCAGGACGUCGAGGCCGUGAUAUCUCGCGGCGGGCAGCUGGGGUCGCAAUUUGAAGAGCCAUUUCAGACGAUCGUGUCGCAAACUGAUCCCCAGACAGUCAUGUGCAUCAGCGCGCGUGACAAGCUACCGUUUCGACACGAUCAAGGCGCGAUCAAGGACCUGCCCGUCGUUUUCAUCGGAGACAGCAACCACGCACUCAGCCCGUUUGCCGGCUUCGGUGCCAACCUCGCUCUGUCGGACGCUUGGGACCUGGCCGAGCAGCUGUGUCUCCGGGGGUCGCUGCCGGAGGCCGUGGCGGGAUACGACGAGCUGAGCGAGCCGCGGGCGAGGAAGGUUGCCGAGAGUGCGAGGAGAAGCCUGCGAGCGGGACUCAGCACGGGAUGGCGGUACUGGCUGUUUUCAUUCAUGCUGUGGAUUGGCAGCUGGGUUCGAUGGGGCAUGGAGACCGUCAAGGGGCGGUAA